CCUUUUUUCAUGUCAAACUUGAAGUAGCCCCCUCUUGUAGUUCGAGAUGCAAAAUCUCUCCAGUACAAUACCUUUAUCGUCACAAUGGUUUUAGUUCUCCUUGACGCCACUGAAGCAGAUGCAACAAGAUUUGCCGAUAUUGAGCACGCGGCUAUCACGCCUGAUGCAGUCAACAAAACACUUUUCCCCGGGCCUUUCCCGAAGGAAGGCCUAUCCCGAGCGGAAGUCUUGACACAGUAUUUACGUUGCGAUCCGGCGUGUAAAUGGGUGAAGGUAGUAGAUACAGAGUUGGAGGCAAAAGGUGAACAAGCAACAAUAGCCUUUUCGGUAUGGUAUUUUUGGGAGAGCGGAGGUGGUACGCUGCCGUAUCCAACUUGGGGUACCGGAACAAAUCCUGAAGCUUGUGAGCUUUAUUUUGGUGGCUUGCAGAAGAAAUGGCAAGAAACCUUUGGGGGCAGACCUCAUGCGUACCUCAAAUUUAUGCACACAACACCAUCUCACCGGGGGAGGGGAGCUGGCUCCAUGAUGCUGGCUUGGGGUCUAAGCCAAGCGGAUGAGAAGAGUUUAGAGACUUACCUGCAAUCCUCACAUGAGGGCCGUCGGUUAUAUGAAAAGCUCGGGUUCGAACAAGUUGAGACUUACGUUGUUGAUCUUUCCAACUGGGGCGGCCCUCCUGAGGAUGAGGUCCCGAUCAUGAUAAGACCUCUGCAACGAUCGGUUUCCUCCUCACUUGCUAAUCAAUAGACGAUUUGGGGCUCGAAAGACUCUGGUUUUGCUUAGCGAAGACGCUACUACAUUGUUAAGAAUCAAG